AAAAUAAAUACAAAAAUAAAAAAUAAAAAAAGUCUGGUUUUGAGCGCGCCAUUAAUAUUGUGCGCGCUACCAGGAGCAAGAAAUCGACAGAGGAACAGCGCGCCCCCGAGAAAAGGACGGAGUCGUUUUAGUUACUGUAUGCUUUACCCAAAUGGAACACAAAUCUGAGUUAUUAUGAUGCACCUUUGCCCAUGAUCAACCACUGCAUUCAGAAUAUUGAAUCAUAAGCCUACAAAGCAUUGGGAAUAUACACCGUUUUCUCGUUUUGUAAGAAGCGUUCUAUAGGGGUUCCGGUGACGGAUUGUUUUUUCUGUCAGGAAAUUGGUUGCAUUAAAAAUACAUUUUACUUUAUGUCGGUGAGCAUCAGGACCUGKAUUUAUGGAAUAUCUUUCGCUCAAGUCUUCUGAACAGUUGGUGCAUGUUUAUAACUUCUAUUGCACAAAGAAAGCACCGUUUUUUCCACUUUUGUUGAGUUCUACCACUGCACCGCGGAGAUGGUAAAAGUUCAGUUAUGCGCACAAUAUAUUUUCUCGAUAAAACCAUCCGAUCAUAACUUGUUAUUGAUGCAAAUGUAUUAAUUGUGUGUGGUCAACUAUGUGUUGCAUCUGUCUCCUAUAAUUUUACACCAUUAUUCCGAAAAUAAUAGCCUGCUUUCGUAGUUGAAUCUUCAUCUCCCAUCUCCACCAUGUUGUGUGUUGAAUUACAUUUUUUUCAACUGAUUUCUUUGUUAUAAAAAGUCUGGUGCCUGUUUGCAGUUUAUGGAUUAAUAAUACUUAUUCUGUAUAGAGAUGGAACAAUACAGUUAGGAGAGAAAAGGGGCAUAGAACAAAAAGGAAAAAUCUGCAAAUUUAGCAGGAAAAGAGGCCAUCAAAAUCACGGAAAUCGCUUCGUCCUUUUCCUUUGGUGUACUGUUACACUGUUGCAAAUGGAUUUCAUAAAGGCAACACGGUUAUUGUUACAUCUUUUGUGUUAGUUCACCCUUUCCAUGCUGAKAAAAUGUCACUGGGAAAUAUUGAUUARUGAAUAGAGAGAAUUAUGAUGGCCUAUGUUCGUUUUUUGUAUUCUAGCGUGUAAGUUGGGCUUCUUGUUCCACAAUGAAAUGCCAUCGGACGUUUUUCUUUUUUGAUAAAGUUUGGAAAUAUGGCCAAGUUGUCGAACGUUUUUGUGGCGACGGAAGGUUGACACUUUUCUUUUUGGUCACUUUCUGAGKGCAGUCUAAUGUAUCGGAUUUUGGACUAUAUUUCUGUUAAAUUAAUUUGGCAUUAGAGAAAUCCAAAUGUAUACGUAUACAGUGACGAUCUCGAUGUGACGACAUUGUGUUUUCUAGGCCUACUGCUCAUUAGAAUUUAUAUUUACUGGCUAGUGCGUAACAAACUUUCGUGGACCAGCGCGCGCACUAGUGCCCCCGCACCUGGGGGCAACCCRGCCAUGGCGCCCUCAUCCCUCUGUAUCUCGGUGUGGUUGUGUGAGUGAAUCAACAACAKAGACUSGGGAUCAAAGRUGAGGAUGAUGCUCUGGAGAUAACGGUUCAAACUGACGCUGCAGCAUCUCUCCUGAGCGACCCAGRUAGAAGUUGAACCAGGACRCCGCUAGAGYGAACGGCUCUCAUCUUCCAGACAGAGGUUAAUCAUCAGGGCAACAGCACAGGAUGUUGAUGGGUGGCACUGCAGAGUGAGGAGUCUGAAGAUCUGAAGAUCUCUGAAGGUGGUUGGCUUAGACAGCGCUCACACACACAUCGCCAAAAUGAAUGAGCGCCAGGCUCUCCACUCCAUAAUGAAGGACCUAGUGGCCCUCCAGAUGACGAGGCGCCAGCCUGGGCCCUCUUAUGACACGGGGAAACCCAAGYCUCUMCCCAACCCUGCCCCUGCUAAGAGACAGGACGAUGUCAGAAUAAAGUUUGAGUUCAGUGGAGAGAGGAGGAUACUGAUGUUUGGGAGGCCUGUGCCGUUUGAAGAAAUCCAGCAGAAGGUCAAGACUGUCUUUGGCCAACAGCUAGACUUGCACUAUAUGAACAAUGAGCUGUCCAUCCCUCUGCGUGGUCAGGACGACCUGGACAAGGCCAUUGACCUGCUGGACCGCAGCUCCAAGAUUAAGAGCAUCAAGAUCUUGCUGCUGACGCAGGAGCAGUGCAAUGCCUCCCCAUCCCCCUCUCCCUCUCCCUCCUCCCACCACACGGUGAGUAAGCAGGUGAGGAUCAAAGCCUCCCAGUCCACGGGUGAUGUCAGCACGGUGUACCAGCCCUCCGAGCCCAGGGGGCGCCACCUCUCCACCAGCUCUCAGAACACAGGCCGUAGCUCCCCCCCUCCUGGCUAUGUCCCUGAGCGGCAGCAGAGGAUCGCCCGCCAGGGCUCCUACACCAGCAUCAACAGUGAGGGAGAGUUCAUCCCAGAGAGCGACCAGUGUGUGCUGGACCCCUGGAGCAGUGCAGAGAACUCUGUCUCAGGAAGCUGCCAGUCGCUGGACAGUAGCUCAGACAGCCCCUCCCUGAGGAAGUCACGCAUGCACCGAGCCAAGAGCUACCCUGAUAACCGGCAGCAGGAGAACGUCUCAGACCGGGAGAACCAUGUGUAUGAUAAGGUGGUGGGGAAGGGAGGGACAUACCCCCGCAGGUACCAUGUCUCCCUGCAUCACAAGGACCAUAGUGAAGGUCGGAGAACGUUCCCGCGGAUCCGUCGCCCCCAGGGUAACCUGUUCACCCUGGUYCCCUCACGGCGCUCCCUCAACGGCAGCGAGGAGAGUCUGGGCAGCUGGCAGCUAGUGGACAAGCAGGGCAGGCUCCGCCCACAGGAGCGCCCUGUCYCCCACAAGUCCCCCAGUGCUCCAAUGACGUGGAGGCGGGGCAAGCUGCUGGGUCAGGGGGCGUUUGGGAGGGUUUACCUGUGUUACGAUGUGGACACGGGACGGGAGCUGGCCGCCAAGCAGGUGGUGUUUGACCCGGACAGUCCUGACACCAGCAAGGAGGUGAGUGCUCUGGAGUGUGAGAUCCAGUUGUUAAAGAACCUCCACCACGAACGCAUCGUCCAGUACUACGGCUGUCUGAGGGACCACAACGAAAAGACCCUCACCAUCUUCAUGGAGUACAUGCCGGGGGGUUCAGUCAAAGACCAGUUGAAGGCCUACGGGGCGCUGACGGAAAACGUGACGCGGAAGUACACACGGCAGAUCCUGGAGGGCAUGUCCUAUCUGCACAGCAACAUGAUCGUUCACCGUGACAUCAAAGGUGCCAACAUCCUGCGGGAUUCGGCGGGAAACGUGAAGCUGGGAGARUUUGGCGCCAGCAAGAGGCUGCAGACCAUCUGCAUGUCUGGCACGGGCAUCCGCUCUGUCACUGGCACCCCCUACUGGAUGAGCCCCGAGGUGAUCAGCGGAGAGGGCUACGGCAGGAAGGCUGACGUCUGGAGCCUGGGCUGCACAGUGGUGGAGAUGCUGACAGAGAAGCCUCCCUGGGCCGAAUACGAGGCCAUGGCAGCCAUCUUUAAGAUCGCCACCCAGCCCACCAAACCCCUGCUGCCCUCAKACACCUCGGACCACACCCGUGACUUCAUCCACCGCAUCUUUGUGGAGGCCAAGCACCGGCCCAGUGCUGAGGAGCUGCUCAGACACCCCUUCUCCCAGAUCCUCUGCUGAGGGGAAGUACUAGUACACUCUCUCUGUCUCAGCCGCUCCUCAGGACUCAAGGCCUACAGCUGACAUCUAGACMCUAGACUUGGCCCUUUCCAUCCUACAGCUCUCUCCCCAAACCAGACUCACCACCAGUCACACUCAUUACUUAACCCUCAAAUACACAUGAUCCAUUAUGAUGGAUAAUAGCACAGUGCCAUUAUUCCAAGCUGUUAACGACAACUAUCAAAUUCAACUCCAACUUCCCCCACUAGGGGGAGUUAUAUGACUGAUCAGUGUUCAGCUGUCUGCUGUGGAGAACUGGACCCACCAACUCCAUACGAACUGUAUCUUCAGCUAUCACCUUGGUGGUCUGUGAGAGGAUCAAACACACACACACACACAGACACUCCAAACACAUCAAAUCUAUUYUAUGUGGCUCAAGAUGGGAUUUGAUCAAGCACCACCACCGAAUGUGCCUUUCAAAUAUGCCAAAGUGUCCCCUCCUAAGUUUACAUUCUCUAGAUGGGCUGUUAGGUGAGACCCCUGAGGGUCUGAACUGUUUCAUAUGGGACUUACAGUAAGCUUGAGCAGAGCAGUGUCUGGUCUACUUAGGCCAAGACAGCAGACCCACAGCCACAGCUCAGUGCUUCAACAUGCUAACUGAUGAAACCAACAGAUGCACCACUCAGUGUUAUAGAGACGGGAUGGAUUUC